ACUAUGUUUUAUGGUUUUAUGCAUAAGUUGCGAAUAAAUUUUCGAUCGUUACUAGCUAAAUAGAUAGUUACUUACUGAUAUUGGCUUCGUUUACGAAACGAGAAAUACGUGUUGUAAAGCAACCAAGUGUAGAGUCACAUCUGGUAACUGCUGGUAGGUAACAUUUUUUAAAAGAAACUGGAGACAAUUUAAUUGAAUAUUUGAGGUUGAGAAACAUUGGAAAAUGCCGCAAGGUACGAGAAAAAAACCUUUUAGCGGUAAAGCAAAGAAACAACAGUUGCAAGCAAAAAAACAACGACAAAAUCCUACUCUGCUGACUGGAUGCUGCAGUAGGAGCGAUGAAGCAAAAUCAAAUAUUGGCGAUGAGUUUGGACACAAUGCCAUACAAAAGAUCAACAAACAACCUAUAGAUGGUAAUACGUCUAGAAAUAAAUACGCUCUACAGUUUUUCCAAGAAAAUAAGGAAGAACUGAUGAAGCGAAAAGAAGAAUCUAGAAGCUUGAUCAAACAUUUAUCUCUUAAGGAACAAGAAAUUUCCGAUAACUAUUUCCCACCAGACAUUGAUAUGCCGAAAAGACCACCAUGGGACUUCAACAUGCUCAAAGAACAAUUAGAAUUAAGGGAGCAAAAGUACUUUACCGAAUAUCUGAAGGAUAUGGAAAAAUUAAGUACUAUUAGUUACUUUGAAUUGAAUUUAGAAACAUGGAGACAGUUAUGGAGAGUUCUAGAAAUGUCAGAUAUAUUGUUAAUUAUUGUUGACAUCAGGUACCCAGUCCUAAUGUUUCCUCCGUAUUUAUAUCAUCAUGUAACAAAUGAGUUGAAAAAAGAUAUGAUUCUAGUAUUAAACAAAGUUGAUUUAGUUCCUCCAGCCUUAGUAGUAGCAUGGAAAGAAUAUUUUCAAAACACAUACCCGAAAUUACACAUUUUAAUGUUCACAUCGUAUCCUACAUAUAAUUUACAUGGCAACAUAAAUGAAACAGAAGGAUUAAGAAAGAGACGUAGAAGAGGAAAACUAAAAAUGGCUGCAGAAGGAGCUCAAAAAUUACUGGAUACUUGUAAAGAAAUUGUAAGAGAUAAAGUUAAUUUAAGUUCUUGGCAUGAGAAAAUUCAGGAAGAAAUGCAAACGGAGUAUGAUUUAGAUGAUGUCGAUCAUAAAGACACUAUUACCUUUGAAAAAGAAGACACAAGUUAUUUCGAGCACGAACGAUAUAAAAACGGAAUGCUCACUAUUGGUUGUAUCGGAACCCCAAAUGUUGGAAAGUCGUCUUUGAUGAAUGCGUUAAUGGGAAAGAAAGUUGUAAGCGUAUCGCGUACACCAGGACACACUAAGCAUUUUCAAACAAUAUACCUCACAAGAACUGUUUGUCUUUGCGACUGUCCGGGAUUGGUGUUUCCGUCAACAGUCCCGAAACAACUACAGAUAUUAAUGGGUUCCUUCCCGAUAGCUCAAGUCAGGGAGCCAUACACAACAGUUAAAUUUCUAGCGGAAAGGGUAGAUUUACCAAAACUGCUAAAAAUUCAACAUCCGGAUAACGAUGACACGUGGUCCGCGAUGGAUAUAUGCGACGGUUGGGCUAUUAAACGAAAUUUCAUAACUGCGCGGGCUGCUAGGCUCGAUACUUAUAGAGCAGCGAAUUCCUUAUUGAGAAUGGCGUUGGAGGGAAAAAUUUGUAUACACGUCUACCCACCGGGUUGGGUUGAUAAAAAAGAAACGUGGGAGAAUCAUCCAGAUGUUGAAUUGGUAAGAUGGAUUCAAGCUAGUAACAAAGGGGAAGAUUUUAGUGACGAAGGAAGAGUGCUGCUGUCGUCCGAGGACGACGAAACCGAAGAAGAACCUGCAGACAGUGGAAAGCAGCGAAAGGGGCAUGGAUUUAAUGAUUCGGACGAUACAUCCAGCGAAGAAUCAGAGAUACCGAAAGUGGUUAAUAAAUUCGAAGCGCUGUCUACGGAUUUAUGAAAACAUUUACUGUUCACAGGUUUCUGUUGCAUCUUUCUUUCUUUAUUAAUUUUUGAUUACAUAUUAUUUACUGUUAAUGAAGCUACUUAUUUACAACGAAGUAGGAUAUAACAACACUGAUAACGAAAUAUUCCAUACAAACUCGAUAUAUAUAUACACGCAUUAUUGUUCUGCAUCUAGCGUUUCUUAAUUAAUGGU